UUCUCAUUUAUAAAAACUUACAGAUUUUUUCUUUUUUAUUCUAUAUCCUUGCUCAAAGUCUAUAAAAAAGGCUAUAUAAAUUUUAAAUAUAACAUUUUUGCUUUCUAGAGCAUGCUUCAGAUCGUUCAGUCCCACGUAAAUAUCAAGCUUCAAUGAGAAGACGCAUACGCAAAGUUUAGUUUUGCUUUUAGUCUAAAAUUCGAAGUUUCUGCUCAAAGUUGGAAGAAACUUGUAAAUUACCAAGCCUCACGCACGGGAGGAAACGGCGAUCCCCAAAGUCCUCAUCUCCUUUCUUCUUGCUCAAAAACAAGAUUGCUAUUCUUUGAUAUAUUUUCAUCUUGAAAGGGAAAAAGUUCGUAUUUCAACUAGCCAUACACAAUUCUGAGAUUAUGAACUAUAGCAUAAAAUUAAACAUGCUGUGUCAAGUAGAAAUCUGUUUGCAAUUGUGCAUUUUCCAAACUUUUUAAUAGAGAAUUUAUGUAGAAGUUUAUAGUAUAAUUAUUUUGAAAAGGCGCUAAAUAAUAACUUACUGUUUACCCGUGAAUUUUAUGUUUAAAUAUGAAGUGGGGUGUAUGCAAAUUAAUUAAUUCAUUUAAAAAAUCGCCGAAAUUUUCGUAUAAUUUGUAUACGAAUAGUUACCGCAAUCAUGUUUCAGUUUCUGAGAAAUAUUACGAAGAACGGGAAGUAAUUAUUAAAACAUGUGGACCAUUAUAUAAAAAAUGGGAAGCUGAGAAAAGAUUUCGAACAGUACCGAAAGAAGGCUUAACAUUUAAUGUUCCGUAUAUAGAUACAGGAGAAGGUACAGUAUCUGAUUCUAAAGAAAAAUUGCCUCCUUUAGUUUUAGCUCUACAUGGAGCUCCAGGUUCAUGGAAAGAUUUUAGCCUUGUUGCAGAUUACCUUCAUAAUGUGGGUGCAAGAGUUGUUGUCCCUUCAUUUCCUAAUUUUUCACAUUAUAAGCCUGGCAUUUUUCGACAUUCUGAUGAAGAAAAAACUCAUUAUUUGCAGGAUUUUUUAAAGGCUAUAGCUGUGCAUCAGGUUGACCUCUUAAUUUGUCAUAGUAGUUCUAUCUAUCCUGGUUUGAUACUUUGCUUAGAUGAGAAUGGACCAAAUGUUAAAUCUCUUGUUAUGCUCAAUACAGGAACAUAUCAUCUGGGUAUGAAGUAUUUUAAGUCUAUGAAAAUGAUGGUUACAGCCACUGAAACUCCUAUGGGCAUGAAAAUAAUGGAAAUAUGUGCUCCCUUUAUUAUGAAGAAUAUUGUUAAAACUCCUGUCAAAGUUGAAAAUUUUUUAGAUCCUUUGUUAUCUGCUACAACGAUGGUUCAUGGAAACAUACCAAAGGCUAAAGAAAAGUUCCUUCAACUUGUGUCUCGUGAGUUGCCUAUUUUGUAUGCCUUCAGUGAGGAUGAUCGAUUGAUUGGUAAAAAGUGGUCAUUGGAACUUGCUUAUUUGCUUGGAGCUGCUGAUUCAGAUAUCUUCCAGUAUGAUAAAGACUGUAACCUUAAACAAAGGGGUAAUGAAUCAUCCAGACUUAAAGUGAUGUCUUUUGAAAGGGGGUCUCACUAUGUAUUUUGGAAGCAUCCUGACAUUAUCAACAAUGCAAUUGCGGAUUUUCUGUUCAAAGACCAUUUGCAGAAAUAAAUAUGGAUAAAAAUUUUUUUUUUCAUGGAUGCACGAUUUUAAAAUCUAAUUCUUUAGUAUCUCAAGAAAGGUUUAUAGAAGACCAUGGUAUCUGUUUUUUAAGGUAAACAAAUUUGAAUAAUUUAGUUUUCAAGAAGUGCGUAAAACAUUUCAUAUAUUUAUUUUCUCUUUAAAAUUACUUUUUUAUUAUAAAAAGCUUUUUGAAAUUUUUAUUAUAAGUGCAUGAAAUAUUUUUAUUAAAAUGUAACAAUGUAAAAUCUUGUAAUAAUGGGUAUAAUUGUUUAAAAUAGCUGCCAUAAUUUGUAUAAAUGUUUCGAUUUGUGAGAUGUGUAACUAUGAAAAUCAUUUAGAUUAUUCAUGUUUGGAGUUUAAAAAAAAAUAGUUUGAAAUAUUGUCAUUGUUUUUCAAUGAGUCCAAAUGUUUUGGUAUAUAUUAGUUUGAAUAACAAACUAAUAUAUGCCAAAGCAUUUGGGCUCAUUGAAGAAAAAAUAACAAAUAUGAAUAUUAGUCUUUGGAAUAAUUCAAAUUUUUAUUUUGUCAACUUUUUCUUGUUCGUUCAGUUGUACCUUAUAUUGAAGUUUGGCAGUAUUCUGACAUUUGAUUUUAUUUGUAAAGUACAUUCAUCAAGGUAUUUGUUAGUAUGUAUAUAGCCUGUAAUUUAUGUGUGUUUAUUGAAAUACUGUUAUUUAUUUGAAUACUUUUUGUCUCCUUUCUUGCUAAAAAUAAAAUUCUUUCGGAAAAAGAGGAGAUAAAGUAUAGUAAACAAAUUGAAGAAGAGGUAAUUUUAUUACUAUUUAUUAUUUAUUCUGACGAAAGUAUGAGUUUUUAUUUAAAUUUAGCAGAGUUUCAAGUAAAUAUUUAAUCUCGUUUUUAAUAAUUUACAAAUUCUUAGUUUUUUUUUUUUGUUUUUGUUUUGUUCUGAGGAACUUAAUUUGAUUUUGCAGCAGCUUUACAGAUAUUAAUUUAGAAGUGAAAGAAUCAGCUUAUAUUUUCAAAUUAUCACCUUGUUUCACUUCUAAAUUAAUACUUGUUUGUCAUGUUGUUGUAUCUUAAUUAGAGAUAUUGUUGUGAAAAAGUUAUUUCAUUGAGAUUUUCUAGAUUCAAAAUUUAAAUUCAGAGAUUCGUAUUUAAUUCAUAGCUGCCAGCUGUAAAAUAUGAAAAACUAGAGGUUCUUGCAUUAAAAUCAGGAGUUCUUUGGACUUUUUUUUUUUUUUUGCUUUGCAUAGCAGUAACAUUUCAAAAGAACUCCAGACUGACUGAAAUACAUUUUUGAUGCGUGAUUCUUAUCAUUGAACUGUUUAUAUUAUGAUUCUGGUGUAAAAUAUAUUUAGUAUAUAUUCUAAAUUUUAUAUUCUUUGGCUGGUUUCAUUUUAUAACUUUCUUACAUUUUUAUAUUGAGAAAAUCCUAAAUAGAGAAAGAAAGGUUUUGUUUAUCAAAGUGCUUUUAAAUACAAUAAAAAUCAAAUUAAUAAUUAAUGUAUAUACUGUUUCAUAGCUAAAUUUAGUAAUAUACCAUUUACUGAUAUAAAAUGAAAUUGUUUUAAAUACAUAUUUUAUCUGAUAAAAAUUUGGUUGAAUUUUCAUGAAAAGUUCUAUUAGUGUUCAAUAAAUUAAAAUGACUUCAAUUUAGAAAGAAAAAAAACUUAUGCUAAACAUAACUUGGCAUGAACAGAAUGACAGUUUAAUUUCCAUUAUUUCCAUAAAUUUCAAUUAUUGUUAAUGAAACAUUUUCUUAAUCAAGGCCAAAAGACAAAAAUUAGAUGAUUCAGUGAUCUACUGGGAGAUGUGAUAAAGAAUUCAAAGGGUUAGUUAGUUGAACAUGUAAAAAUGGUGAACCAGUAAUGGUUGCUUUCGUUCCUGUUCUUUAAUCGAUAAAAAUAUAUGAAUGAAGCAAAACCAAUGAAGAACAUUAAAUAAAAAUUUUAGUUGUUGGUUCUUCUAAGAUACAGGAUGUUUCAAAUGUCUCAAUCCAUUCUAUUAAAUAAAAAAGCGCUUUUUCUUAGAAAUGAUAAUUCAGAAGAGUAGAGUACUUGGUAAUUUUAGUUAAUUUCAUUAUUUGCUUUUAGUUCUAUAUAAAACUCCUAUUUUUCAGUUGACCUGCAUGGGAAUUCCCAGCAUGAGAGUAAUUUAUUCACAGCAUCUGAAAUGCAAAAUUUAUUAGGCAAUAUUUAUAAUUUUCACUCUUUACCCCUCUGACUACAGAUCCUAGACAUGUGUCAGAUGUGAUGAAUGUGGAGCUCAUAUUCUUGGUCCCCUUAAAGUUCAGUGACUAGGGAAUGUGCUACCAAGAUAAUUAUGCAUAAUGUUGGCAAAAUGUAAUGUGCUUCUUCUUACUGAAAGACAAAGUGUUAUAAGUGAUAUCUGAAAUUAGCUGUGGUUUUAUGAUGAUUCCUAACAUAUCAAGAUAACUGUUAUCUUGGAGAACAUGAAUAGCCCAUACAUUUUCUUUUAAUCGUCUGCGUUUCUCCUUCUCUGAAAUGUUAACUAAAGUUGCUUAUCAGCCCAUAAUCUGGAGUCGUGUCAUUAAAUUUUCCGUAAGUGUGAAAUGAGCCAUUGUGAUUGCAGAAACUAUCAGUUUGUAAGUUAGGUUAUUUGAAUAUGAUAAAGCACACCAGGACUAUCUGCCUAGGGAAGAAAUGUCUCACGGCCACUGGUUGGGCCAGUUUAGAAGUACUUUCAGUAAAGUAUAUUGAGUAGCAUUAUAUAUUCAGUAGUCUUUAUUAAGACAUCAGAAUUUAAAUACUUUAACAACACAUUACAUUAUCAGCUGAGAAACAAAAUAUCUAAUCUGGUUGCCAAAUUCCAAAAUCUGUGCGUAAAGCUGGAUCUGAUAGUAAUUAUUUCAAAUAUCUAUGUUUUCUGUGUCAUUAAAUUUAUAAUAAGGGUGACACAAAACUAGCCUCAUUAAUUUAAGUUAAACAAAAUGUAUUAUAAUAAUUAUAAAUGUUUAUUUUUUAUCAGUGCAAAAAGAAUGAAUCAUUUUCUUGUGUUAAAGAGUUAUAUAAGGUACUUUUGAAGUGCUUUUUUACAGACAAUACAAUUCACCUCAUAAGUAAUAUCAUCACUUAUGAACUAACAUGUACAUGAGUUUUUAAAUUUCUAAAAACAUUCCAGUUCAUGUUCUUUGUAUGUGAAGAAUAAUGAAAGAUUAUCACUGAAGAUGAAACUGCAUAUAUGAAGGAUAAAAUAUUUCCUAAUGUUAGACAGUGUUAUUGAAAUUAAGGUGCAGAAGUCCGAAAAUCUGGCACCGAAUGGUUUGGUGCAUGGACAGUUUUAUGGAAAUUAAUGAUGUUGAAAUUUGACAAUACAUAACUCAGCACGUUUGAUAAUUCGGCACUCAUAGGCCCUAUAGGAAUGCUACCUGAUGUGGCUAUGAAUUAUGAUAUGACUAUGAACAUAUUUCUUUGGAUAUGACUAUGAACAUAUCUCUUUGGAUAUGACUAUGAACAUAUCUCUUUGAAGUUAUCAGCUGCACUUUAGCUUUGGUGGGGAGGACCAUUAUAGUUGAAUCUUGUGUAGCAAAAUUCUUUUAAAAAAAGUAAAAAUAUUUAUAGUCUUAUUAACCAUUCUGAACUGUUAUUCAUUUCAGUGUGUUCCUUUAAACAAUUCUCUAGUCAUACAUUUUUGAAGAAAAUAAUUGCUGAAUGGAUUAAGGAAAAUUAAUACAUUUGUUAAAUUUUCAGAUCACAAUAACUAUAAAGCAAUAAAGAAGUAAUAAAAGUUCACUUUCUUCUCAUUCGUAAUUUGAGAAGAAGAUGGGCGCUCGAACUACGAAUUAAUUGAUUAGGAAUAAUGAAUUCUGCAUAUUCUGUAGUUUGUUUUCCUGCAUGCUUCAGUCAUUAAAUGUAUUUGUAGAGCUUUGUUUAAAGUUUUGCUUUCUCACUCUGGGUUAAAUUUCACUUGCAAAAUUGUUUUUGCCACAAAUGGUUGAUAAAUCCAAUAAUCUGAUAUACUUGAUAAUUCAGCAUUAUGCAUCGAACAAUAAGUUUUGAAAUAAAUAUCCGAAGUUAUGUUGGUAAAUAUGAAUUUACUAUUUAAUUGUUUUAACCAUUCCAUUGAUUUAAGUAAUACAGAAGAUAAAACAGUGUGGUGUAUAUUUUUAAGAAUUUUAAAUUAAUUUACAUGGAUGUAUAUGGCAUUGUAACGUCUUCGUGCUUUUUUUAAGUUGGUAGCGAGAGUAAUACUGGAACCUCUCCGUCGGAUGGAAACAUCAGAUAGAUUUUCUUUCGUGGUUUUUAUGUAACAUAACAAUGGAAUUUCAUUUUUAAUAUCUCGUGAGCAAUAUCAUAGUUUUUUCAGGAAGAAAUAACCUCUGCAGACAUAGAAUUUCUGAACACUAGCAAGUUUGAAAUCAUUCUCCCCUCCUUAUCUUUCCUGCUCUUUAAUGAAUAAACAAAUGGAGGAAGUUCAGAUACAAAAAUUCAUUUGGAAUUUCCUUUUCCCAGUUUGCUUGCUUGGAAGAUAUAGGAGUUGAUCAAACAACUUGGCCUUUUCUCACAGGGAAAAGAAAUCCAUUAAUUGUAAACAUAUGCCUGUAUUGGAUUAUAAUAAAAAAGUAAUGGCACUUACAUAUUGUCCUCUCGACCACUGGUAGAUAUUUCAGCAGUGGUUGCCAAUUGUUACUGCAGAAUCCCCCCCUGGGGGUUGACUCAGUAGAAUUCCUCAGAAGUACUGGUUAGGAUCUGUACUUAAGCAGUCUCAACCACGGGGGCACAUAAUUCGUCUUCAUAGGACUAGAACCCGAGUAUUGUACUCAGGUAGGUUCAGGCUUGGCAGGGACUGUACUGGUACUGUCGUGUCUGUUCCUUCGGCUGUGGUGGAGCUGCAUGGUACAUUUGUCGACUGAGUUCCGGGGAGUUUGACCCCAUUCAGUUCUCGUGGCGGGGACUGACAAAGCGGACAGAACACCUUUCUACAAUGUGGUUUUGCUGAUGGAGUGGUGCCCGGAGGCAAGGUGACAGCGUAUUAAACUAGCAAAGUAUCGUUCUGCCCAAUGCUUCGUAAAAGCCGGAUGGGGACUGCAGGGGUUGCGCCUGCGAGAACGAGGUCCCACGGGCGUUGGAUAUUUCAAACUCUGAAUGGGUCCUGUAUAAUGAGGACCUGGGAUGGAGGUUCUUCACCUGGUGUGUCUGUUACUGCAGAAUUCUAAAGGAUACGGUCAUCCAUAAUUGGCACGAUUUGACCAGUCGACAGGAUAAUACAUAAAUACUAAAAUAAUUUAUUUUAAACUAUAAAACAUAUCAUAUGUAUUCAUCUCACUUAAAUUAAUAACAGUGCAUAAAAUAUUUCAUAGAUAUAUAGGUUCUCAGUAUCGUCAUUGUAUACCAUUUAGAAAAUAUAUAGCAUUAACAAAUAAGGAGUUAGGUAUCACAGGAUUCAUUGUUUAAAUUUACUUAAUCAUAAUACUUCUUUUCUAAAAACAAUGUCGUAUUUGAAUUAAACUUUUUGAAAAUGCAAUUAAAUUAUUAGUAGCAUUUUUUUCUGUUAAUUAUGAUACAAGCUAUUUCUUUUCCCUCUUUUUACUGCUUUUAAUUUAACUGUGAUCUUGAAUUAACCACGGAUAUUGUUCUGAUAUUACUCCAGUAAAUUGGAAGCUGACUGCUUAAAUAUUUUUCAGCUUAAAUCUGUAUUUUCUGUUAUGCACACCUCCACCAAAAAGUCACAAACUCUUUGCCAGCUUUUGGAGAGCAUUCACAAACUUCCAAAGAAAUGGCAAAAGAAUGAGAUCUGAGAUUCCAGACGAAUAUUUCUGAGGAAAAUUCCAGCGAAGUAGAGUUUCUUUUGCAGCUGGUUACCCCUUGGCAAAAUUUUAAAAAAUUUCAAAAGUUCACACUAAAGACAAAAGUCAUUUUCAAAGUAGUGACACACUAAAAAUUCCAUAAAAGGGCAGUCAAUCAAUAAAAUUUAAAAAGAAAAAAACAUCAGUAGUAAAACACUUUUUUUGAGAAAUCUCUCUGUAAUUCUUUUGUGCUGUUGUUAACUCCAUGUCCACAGUGAUCUUUUGCAAAAAAAAAAAAAAAAAAAAAAAAAAAAAAAAAAAAAAA